AUGUCGACCUCGAUCCUCCCAUCGACAGACGGUAAUGCGGGACCGUCCACUGCUGCAAAUGGUUUACCGCCUUUAGCUGAUUUGGUAAGGAGGAGUACGAAGAGAACGAGGGUUGUAUAUGGUGUAGAAGGAAGUUCCAUCGAUGAUGGAUUGGCUAGAGCAAACAAGAUCAAGCUCGCCUCAAAGUUAGCAGCAGAGUAUAAAGAUGUUCAAACACUUCCACCUAUAUUGGCAAGUCAACAAGGACCUACAGGACCCAAACGACCUGCCGCUGCUAAUGGCAACGGCCCAUCGGCACCUGGACCUCAAGCUGGUCAGAAGCUGAUAGGUGGACCUGAAGCUGCUACAUCAUCAUCGAAUACAUCUGCUCCCGCUGCUGAACCUAGAUCGCUAGUGAAAUUCAGACAUCAACAAGGAUUCGCAGCGGAAGGUGGUCAUGCGUCGUCUAGGUUAUCGCAGGCUUUGAUGAGGAAGAAGGAAGCAAGGGAAGUCAAACCUGAAUAUCACCCACAAUGGAAACUUACAAGAGUCAUUUCGGGUCAUAUGGGUUGGGUCAGAGCGGUAGCUGUCGAUCCAGGAAAUCAAUGGUUCGCUACUGGUGCAGGAGAUCGAGUAGUGAAGAUUUGGGACUUGGCGAGUGGAGAGUUGAAAUUAUCUUUGACUGGUCAUAUCUCCACAAUUAGAGGAUUAGCUGUUUCGGAUCGACAUCCUUAUCUGUUCUCGUGUGCUGAAGACAAGAUGGUCAAAUGUUGGGAUUUAGAGACGAACAAAGUUAUCAGGCAUUAUCAUGGUCAUUUCUCCGGUGUCUACUCCUUAUCCGUUCACCCUACCCUUGACGUUCUCGUAACGGCUGGUCGAGAUGCGAGUGUUCGAGUAUGGGAUAUGCGAAGUCGAGCAAAUAUUUUCACCCUCACUGGACAUACCAGUACGGUAGCAGAUGUGAAGACGCAGGAUUCUGAUCCUCAGAUCAUUUCGGGAAGCAUGGAUUCGACUGUUCGAUUAUGGGACCUGGCAGCAGGUAAAUGCAUGACGACCCUCACGCACCACAAGAAAUCCGUCAGAGCAUUGGCUAUCCAUCCGACCGAAUACUCCUUCGCAUCGGCAAGCUCAGGAGGAAACAACAUCAAGAAAUGGAAAUGCCCCGAAGGAACUUUCGUGCAUAAUUUCGUCGGUCAUGAAGCUAUUAUCAAUACUUUGAGUUUGAACACUGAAGGUGUCAUGUUCUCGGGUGCGGAUAACGGUUCAUUGACUUUAUGGGAUUACAAAACUGGUUUACCGUUCCAACAUCUCAAGGAUAUUCCUCAACCUGGUUCAUUGGAUGCCGAAGCUGGUGUAUUCUGUUCUACUUUCGAUAAGACUGGUACGAGGUUGAUCACGGGUGGUGCAGAUAAGACAAUCAAGGUGUAUUCUGAACAGGCGUAG